AUGCUGCUCUCCCCCGCCGUCAAGACAUCUUACCUUAACACCAUGGCUGGUCGCUCUGCCGCCACACCCAAGCGCAAGACCGAGGAUGAGAGCGCUGAGACUUCGCCACUGUCUGGCAAGCGAGCUCGCGCUACCGUUCCUCUUCGAGGCUCCAGAUCGUCUAGCAUGUUGCAGCUCCAGCAGCUGCCGGCAUCGUGUCAAUACCGGCAAGACCCUUUCGCGAGCUCGUCGGACGUGACGCUCGACGAUCUCACGUGCAGCAAGAGCCAGCAGCGCGAUACCUUUAUCCAUUCGUCCACGUCAUUCAAGGGCAAGGGGGCGGAGGGCGCUGUCGGCUCGGUUUCAUCUACAAGUGGCAACCCGGUUUGGCUCAAAGUGGUUACCUCGUACGGCUAUACGUUUAUCAAGUCGGACGAGCUUCAUCUGCUCGAGGGCAAUGCGGACGUACAGAUGGUGAUCGAGCCGUCGAACGGCGUGCACCAGAACGAGGUGCCGGCGUCGCCGCCGAGGCAGAUGAGGUUCCCGAUGGGCGUCGAGUUCCCACCGACGCCUUCGCCUUCGGACGACGGCUGCAGUGUCUCGGCCAAUCGAUACUUUGGUCAGCAGCAUCCAGCGGGCAAGCCGUUGUGGGAGCAUGUCGAGGGAGAUCACGAGGCGCAAAGGGCGCACGCACAGCUGGCAGCCACCGGCGGGCUGAACGAGAUGAUGAUGGACGAGUGGUAG